UAGAAGUUCACCAUUUCCCGUUCGAAAAGCGUCUCGCUUUGUUUGUUGUCUUCCAGUUCCCGCCACACAUCUGGUCGGAUCGUUCCUCAAGUACAACCGCUUCGUUCUUGGUUCGCCAACGGAGUGGCCGGUGUGUUAUGUGUUGUUUGGUUUGAUUCGUGUUUACAUAUUCGUCUUCUUUCGUAACGACAGUUGGGUGUUCGUCCGACUUUGGUGUUUCAGAACAUUCUUUUUAUGAGUUGUGCGUUAUGUGCCGUGUUCUAGGAUCGUGUCCACCAUGGGAAACAUGUGCUGUAGAAGAGUGGUGUAUUCACCAAAUGGAAUUGAAGUCGAUCCGGGUCGUUGCCAUCCCCAGCAGCCACAAGAGACACAGCAGAAGAUGUCCACCGCAUAUCAUAACGCAGGCGAUGAUUGCGCCAUCAAUGAGCUCCUCGAGGGCCGGAUGGAACUGGACGUCAUUCUGCCGGAUGGACGGAAAGUCAGACUCACGGUGGAAAGGAGGACCCCUAUGAUGGAUCUUUUGGUUCAGGCAGCUUCAGCUACCAAGAUCAGCCCAGCUGGUCACACUAUCCAUGUCUUCGGUGACGGCGGUAAAGGAACCAGUACUCUUCACUACAAACCCAGCACGCCAAUUGGAUCGCUGGACGCCAACACCAUUUGCAUCGUACCAAAAAAGGACGCCCAUGACAGCAAUGGAAGGAGGAUCUCAAAAGCUACCAACAGGCCGUUCGAACCCACUUUCCGAGUGCAAGUUCACCUUCCACGAAAUCAGCUGACAGUAGUCAGAGUAUCACCCAGAGUCAAAAUCUCCGAGCUACGAAGCAUGGUUUGCCAGGAGAAAGGGUUGGAUCUCAACAGAUAUCAGCUGGUCCGGCCAAACGAUCUAGGACAGCCCCUUACUGGAGAUAUGACUCUAGCGGAGUACGGAUCCACGGAGAUCACACUUCUCUCUAAUUCAUGCAUUGAAUCUCACAUUUGUAAUUCAACCUCUCAUGUCAUUCCAUAUUCUAAAAGAACAGAAGAACACAAGAAGAAAACGGGUAUUCUUCGGCUCUUAGCUGAGGACGCAAGCCAUAAAGUGUCUAAACAAUCGUUGAAAAACGGCAACAUCCCCAACCAUCGUCCUGCUCCAACGAUAAAAAUCACAGAAGCACCUGCUCAGGGGAGAGGCAAACCGAAGAAACGACGACCAGCACCUCCGCCUCCUGCUCCCGUCCUCCCAGAACCCCCCUUCCACUCCCGACAGAGCUCCUCUGACUCCAGUGGUUACCACGAGGCCACCUCCUCCUACCUCCAUGAGGAGCAUUGCGUCACCAUCAACGAAAAGGCUUCCAGUGACAGCUCCGGGGUCAGCAGUCUGGACGCCAAGGAACUGCCCAGUCAGGUCACUACUGUGACCAACACGAAAAAGAGGAAAGCACCUCCUCCACCUCCGCCGCCACCUGUUAUCCAAAAUGGGCAGCAAGAUCAGAAAGUGGUUGCUGAUGCUGUCCAGUCUUGCGAUUCAGGAGCAGAAAUGGACCAGACUACUGGAAAGACAUCACCUGAAUUGAUCGAUGAAGCUAUAGAAAUUCCCAGUGCAGUGGAACCUGAGAUAGUAGAAACUUCUGAACCGAUUGUUGAAACUGAAGAACCCGUUCAAGGUCUUGUUGAAGACUGUGCUGAAACGAGAGAAGAUAAGAAUGAAAAGCAAGAAGUCGAAAGCGAUUCCGUGACCAGAGUGGCGCUGGUCGCCCUCAACGCAAGGAUCGAGCAGGAAGUGACGCAACAGGAAAUAGCCUCCAGCAUUCAAGCUGCUUUCCACUCGCUGGACAACCCUCAAAGGAUCGGUCCUUCCCUCCUGGCCAUCAAGCAGAGAGGUGGACGAACGCCGAAUGGCGCAGUGACACCCCAGGACCGUCCCUUAUCCACACCUGGUGGGCGAUGCCCCAAGGAUAUAUCACCUCAACCACCUGUAUAUUCAGAAUCAGAGAAUGGUGCAAAGGAUUUCUCUUAUCCGCUGCAAAAGUCAACGGCUAGGUUGAGUUUGGAUUUAGAACCACCAAAAGAUAAAAAGAAGAAAAACGUGUCUUCUUCCCCUAAAAUUCCUGCUUUAACCAGCUAUGAAUUGAGAGAUGAUGCUAGAAAAGCUUCUUGUGACGUACAAAACGCAUCGACUAAAGUAGCUUUGGACUUGGAAUCAAGGCAUAACAUUAAAAACUCAAAUUCCCCUAUUCUUCAGAAGACAUUGACUUCGAAUGUGGAAUUAAAAGAAAGAGAAGAGGAUUUAUCUUAUUCUCUGCAAAAGCCAUCGAUACCACUGAUAUUAGAUUUGAAGGAUGAGACUGAGAACUGUUUAGAGACAUUCCCUCCCCCUCCGUCUGAAUUUUGUGGUGUCGAUAACGAAGCUUUUGUUGUGGACGAAGACAUUGCACCUGUCUGCAGAUCUCCAACUCGAUCCAGUUCGUCGACAUCCCUUAGAAGGUCCUCGUCCUUACUGAAUCUUGCAGAAGGUUCUCCAAGCUGUGUCAGCAUCAAAUCGAAAAAGGCGAGGCACCUGCAAAGAUCUUUGUCCGAUCUUAGCUGUGACGACAAGCAGGAAUUCGAAAUUGAGCAAGAAAGACUUCAGCGUGAAUAUAUUAAACUUCAAAGACAAUUUAUUAGGUGGCAAGAACAGUUGUUAAAUAACCACGCCAUGUUGAGGGAAGAGUGCAUUGUACCUCAAUAUGCCAGAACUCUUAGACAGUCACACAGUCUUCCUGAAGGGGAAGACUAUUCAGAUGAGGCCCCAACCUCUUGUCCUUUAGUAACCCGCUCUUUGUCUUACGAGCCCACGAAAUGUUCCACUUUGCCCAGGUCCACAAUAAACAUACCAUCCUUGGAUUUCGGACCUGUGCCCAUAACUAAUGGAUCCAGCACUUUGAGAUCUUCAAAGACUAAGAACUAUUUCAAACCACCGCAGGUGAGGAUCUCCACCAAAAAUCGCCAAAGAUUGCCCCCAGAAAUCAGGAAAGAUGGUGAUUUGGAUAUCUAUGACGACUCGAAGAUUUUGUCCACUAUCCUUCCCUCUUUCGAGAGCUUAAAGUUGAUAUCGGAGACCAACGAUGACGACGUCGAUGGAGGUGUUUUGAAACCUAAAAAAAAUGCACCUGCACCCCUCGUGGAAAAUUUGCGCAACAACAUAAAGAAAGUGCCCCCUCCAGUCCCCACAAAGACGACCACUUAUCAAAAGCCCAGCUUGAAACAGAACAAUGAAAAGAAUCUGAAUGGGCAUCUGGGCUGUCCUAAUGGGAGCAUCGGUCAAUCGAUGCCGCGAGUGAGUGACCCCGUGACUAAAGCUGCUGGACAUUCUGAAAUGCCAGCUCCUCCACCCCCUCCUCCUAUGCCAACAGGUGAGAGGGCCAAAGGAUCUAACAAAACCAAUGGACUUAAGAGCAUUAGCCAGAAAAGAAUUAUCGAACCACAGAUGGAUCCGAGGGAACAAUUGAUGCAAGAGAUAAGGAAAUGUGGCGGCAGGACUGCCUUGCGGAAGAUUUCUCUUGAUAUCGUCAGCUAACCAUCUCCUCAAGAAUUCCAAGCCCUAAUCUCAGGGAUAUUAAAUAUUAUGACUUCGACCGCCAAAGUCAUACUUGAUUUUGGCUACAGAACUAUGGACAAUUCGCCAAAUGGCAUUGGAACUGCAUAUAGCAGAAUUAGCAUAUCGUGGGUGAACAUUCUACCUACUCUCUACGGGGAACUUGGAAAUUCCGAUUCUACAUAUAUCAAAGUUAAAGUCUAUCGUCGUUUUAAAUGCAUGGAGAAUCAAAAAUAUAUAUAAUGAGGUUUAAAUCUAGAAGAGUGUACCCUCACACUUGCCGGUAAUAAGCCAAGUGGCUAAAGACGCCAAUAUGAUGAUGAUUUAACCAACAGCUGCUUUAUCAUCAUAUUUAGGCAAAAAUUCAUGCACAAAAUCGUUUUCCGCCAAAGAUACCUGUAUGAUGGUAUUUAAAAAAAAAGGCAACUUUGUUAUAUUUAUGAUGAAUUCAAAUUAAAUUAUUCCAAUAAUAUUAAAAUGUUAAUUUUCAUUUAUGUGGAAGAGAUACUUGGCGAUAGUAAAGUGAUGAUUUUUAUGUAUAUGUUAGAGAGAUUUGGCGAGACAUUGUGGUACGUUCUUCUAGAUUUGAAUCUUUUACAAGGACAGUGUUGUAUUUUGAAUCUUAAACUUUCUUGAAAGGUAUUUAAAGUCGCCCUUUAAUUCCGUUUGAAGCGGAAACCCUGGCUUCGCUGGAAUUUGUGUAUAUUCUUAGGUUUUUGUAUGAAAUGUGGAAACUAUUUUCAGAGAGAAUUAAAUUGUAAUAAAGUUAUGGUUAUUGGUUUUGA